AUGCUUGCCCCUAAUAAACACGGAGAAACAACCAUCAUUGCUGUACAAGUUAUUGCCCAAGUAUUAAAUGCUUUCUUUUAUAGUCUACAAUGGAGGACUCUGAUUGCUGUAUGUGCAUUAUUAUGGUUGGCUGUUUAUGCAUUUAAAGAAAUUCGUCAUUGUAGAUCUUCUUCAUCUAAUUGUGUUGCAUGCAACGGCGGAAGGGUCCAAUCCCAGCAGCAGCAGCAGCAGCAGCAACAGCAGCAGCAGCAGCAACAACAGCAGCAACAAUUACAGCCAUUGAACCAGAACACUGUGCCAUAUCAGCCAACGUACAUCGGAGGGAGAGGACAAGAUCAGCAGCAGCAACCGCAGCAACUGCAGCAGCAGCAGCAACUACUGCAGCAAUUAGACUAUGAGCGUCAAGUAUUAAGACAACAGAUAUUAAGAGGCACAGCUACUCCUGUGCUGCUGCAGACAUUAGAGAGACAAGAAGCAGUGCAGAGGGAGUUGGCAUAUGUUGUUGAUGCAGAGCAGCAGCAGCAGCAGCAGCAACAGCAGCACCACCAACAGUGUGAUUCUUGUCAAGAAUGCAAUCACGACGACGACAGCAGCAGCAGCAGCAGUAGCAGCAUCGGCAGCAACGGGAGACCAAGCUUUUUACAGGCAUUACUAAAGAGUUUUGUAUUUAAAUGCCUAUUAGUCUUAUGGACAGUCUAUGCAUGCGUUGUGGGGUGUAUGUACGCCUGGAGGAACAGCUACCUGGUGCAGCAGCUGCAGCAGUUGCAGCAAUGGCAGGGCGCCAUCGUAUAG